AUGGAAGGUGCCUUCACUCAUGUAGGCAACCAUCUCAUUUCCGACUCGGCUGCAGCCAUCAACGCCGGUGCCGACGAUCUAUCUGCCCUCGACCCCGAUGAGAGCCUGCUCUAUGGCAAGUUCCCCGCCACCAGCGGCCGACGUCGCGCAGACGACGACGACAACCAGACCGAGGCUUUCGAGGAGGACGAGAACGAUAGUCUCAACAGCGUCCCCGUCGACGGGAUGAUGGGAAUGAAACUGAAAAACUCGGACGAGGAAAAGCAACUUCCGGCCCAUGCUUGCGCCUACUGCGGCAUCCACUCUCCGGCAUCCGUCGUCAAGUGCUUGACCUGCAACAAGUGGUUCUGCGGAGCCCGAGGGAACGGCUCGUCCACCCACAUCGUCAACCACCUUGUCCGAGCGAGACACAAGGAGGUCCAGCUGCAUCCCGAGUCGACGCUGGGAGACACCGUGUUGGAGUGUUACAACUGCGGAACCAAGAAUGCUUUCCUGCUUGGCUUCAUCCCGGCAAAGUCGGACACGGUCGUCGUUUUGCUUUGCCGCCAGCCCUGCGCGGCCAGCACCUCCAACAAGGACAUGAACUGGGACAUCUCGCGAUGGGAGCCUCUGAUCGAGGAACGAGCCUUCUUGGGCUGGCUUGUUAGCCCGCCGUCUGACAGUGAGCAGCUAAGAGCCCGUCAUGUGUCGGCCAACACGAUUUCCAGGCUCGAGGAGAUGUGGAAGGUGGACCCAAACGCCACUGCCGUUGACCUCGACAAGGCGGCCAACAUUGACGAUGACCCUGAUCCGGUUCUUCUCCGCUACGAGGACCCUUACCAUUAUCAAAAUAUUUUCGGUCCCCUCGUCAAGAUGGAGUCGGAUUACGACAAGAAGCUCAAGGAGGCUCAGUCUGAGGACGGCCUCACGGUCCGUUGGGAUUACGGCCUCAACAAUAAGCACCUUGUCAGCUUUAACCUGCACAAGAUUGAGUCUGGUGACGUCAAACUCGCGGUGGGAGACGAAAUGCGGCUCCGCUAUAACGGUGAGCUUCGUGACCCGUGGGAAGGCGUGGGAUAUGUCAUCAAGAUCCCCAACAGCCAGUCGGACGAGGUGUGCCUGGAACUGCGCAAAAAUGGCAACGACAAGUCGGUACCCACGGAGCUGUCGCACAACUUCUCGGCCGACUAUGUGUGGAAGGCCACGUCGUACGACCGCAUGCAGCUGGCCAUGAAGACCUUUGCAGUCGACGAGCUCAGUGUCUCGGGCUACAUCUACUACGUCCUCCUAGGCCACGAGGUCCAGCUGCAGCCCAUGAAGGCAAACCAGCCCAAGAAGUGGUCUGCCCCUGGACUUCCGGAUCUGAACCAGAGCCAGGUGGACGCCAUCAAGUCCGUCCUGCAGAAGCCCAUCAGUCUGAUCCAAGGGCCCCCUGGCACGGGCAAGACGGUAACCUCGGCGACCAUCAUCUAUCAUCUUGCCAAGACGACGGGCAACCAGGUCCUUGUCUGUGCGCCUUCCAACGUUGCUGUGGAUCAGCUCUGCGAGCGCAUUCAUCGGACUGGCCUCAAGGUUGUGCGUCUCACUGCAAAGUCGCGCGAGGACGUUGAGUCGUCGGUCAGCUUCUUGGCCCUGCACGAACAGGUCCGCAUGGCGGAGCACAACACGGAGCUCGUCAAACUAUCGCAGCUCAAGACCGACGUCGGCGAGCUGUCUAGCCAGGACGAGAAAAAGUUCAAGCAGCUCACCAAGCUCGCUGAGCGAGAGAUUCUUCAAAACGCCGACGUUGUGUGCUGCACCUGUGUUGGCGCCGGCGAUCCUCGCCUGUCAAAGAUGAAGUUCCGCAACGUCCUGAUUGACGAGUCGACGCAGUCGGCAGAGCCCGAGUGUCUGAUUCCCCUUGUGCUCGGCUGCAAGCAGGUGGUGUUGGUUGGUGACCACAAGCAGCUCGGACCCGUCAUCAUGAACAAGAAGGCGGCCAAGGCCGGGCUUAACCAGUCCUUGUUUGAACGCCUGAUCCAUCUGCAGCUGUCCCCGAUCCGUCUCAACACCCAGUACCGCAUGCACCCAUGCCUCUCGGAAUUCCCGUCCAACAUGUUUUACGAGGGAGCUCUGCAGAACGGCAUUACGCACGAGCAACGUCUCAGAAAGGACGUCGAUUUCCCCUGGCCCGUCGCUGAGAUGCCCAUGAUGUUUUGGUCCAACCUCGGCGGCGAAGAAAUAUCCACCUCGGGAACGUCGUAUCUGAACCGAACCGAGGCAUCCAACGUGGAAAAGACUGUUACGCGCUUCUUCCGGGCUGGCGUGAAGCCCAGCGAAAUCGGCGUCAUUACGCCGUACGAGGGUCAGCGGAGCUACAUUGUGACGACGAUGCAAAACUCCGGGCAGUACAAGAAGGAACUCUACAAAGAGGUCGAGGUGGCGUCCGUCGACGCUUUCCAGGGGCGCGAAAAAGACUUUAUCGUCUUGUCCUGCGUCCGCUCCAACGAGAACCAGGGCAUUGGCUUCCUGUCCGAUCCGCGCCGCCUCAACGUGGCGCUGACGCGUGCCAAGUACGGUCUUGUCAUCCUGGGCAACCCAAAGGUGCUGUCAAAGCACGAGCUCUGGCACAACCUGCUUGUCCACUUCAAAGACCGCAAAUGCUUUGUCGAGGGCCCCCUGACCAACCUCCAAGCCUGCCUCCUUCAGUUUAGCCGACCCAAGGUGAGCUACCGCCAGAAAAACAACUACCAGUCGCAGUACAUGGCUGGCGGGUAUUCCAAUGGCAGGCACAACGGGGCGCCGCCAGGACGCGACGUGGAUGCGGCCUCGAUGAUGUCGUACAUCCCAGAUGACGUAUCGUCGAUCCAAGGGUCCGCGUUUGGCGGGGCGGCGCUCAACACGGCGUUUCCGCCAAUGUUUUCGAGCUUCACGCCCGAGCAUUGGCCUGGGCUUCCCGGAGUGGGCGGGCCGGGACGCGGCAACAAGAGUCGUGGUCGUGCAACGGAGAGCGUGGCGGGCGAAAGUGUCGCCAACUCGGAGCUGACAGAAACGACGACGACGACGAGCGUCAUUGGCGGAAAGGGCGUGGGCCAAGGCGGAGUGAGCCUCGGUGCCGGGCUUCACGAUGCCGUGACGGGGCUGCGACCCGUCUCAUACACGCAGAGCGACCGCCUGAAGCACUACGUGGAGAGCAACGGACGAAUGGCACACGGCAGCGGGUUCGCUCGGCGAUACGACGACGACGAAAAGAGCAUCAGCACCGCGUUCCAUAGCCAGAUUGGCGGGGGCUAUGACUGA